GUCACUUGAUAAUCACCUUCAAGUCAAUGAAAGGAUGUGAACAAGAGAUGAUGACCAACUCAUUUCCAUCACAGUUAGGGAUCUAGCCAUGACUCUUGAGAAGAUCCAUCUGCCACUGUCUCUAUUGCUGCUGCUGCUUUCAUCUCUAUUGCAGCCAGGGAGUUGCCAGGUUAUUAUCUUUGGUAAUGAGACCGGUGUGCAAAGGUUCUGGAGGCUUCAUGUGGACUAUCCAAAGAGCAACAUCCCUGGUGGGGAGAGUCAGUAUUGCACAGUCAUGAUUCAUAGUCGCCAGAUCUUGGAUAACGGCAAAUGCAUACAGGAGAACACUUUCAUCCAUGCUGUGGCAGGAGACAUUUUUGACGUGUGCAAAACCCCAAGAAUGAGGCACUGCUAUGACGUAACAAAAAACUGUCACCUGAGUGACAUUUCCUUCACACAGACCCUAUGUGUCCUCCAAGAGUGCAGCCGUUUCCCCAAGUGUACAUAUGUGGGCUUCCCCAAAUUCAACAAGAUCUGGUUGGCCUGUGAAGGCAUCCCCCCGGCUCCUGUGUACUUAGAUCCAUAACUCCUACUCGUAGGACUUUGCCUUGGGUAUUCCAGAACUUGAGAAUAGUCCCUGAGCACCCUUCUGAUUUCCAGCUCCAGCUUCAGUUACUACUUAAUAAUAAUAAUCCCUUACUUUCCAAAGCACUUUCACAUGUAUUAUUU